AUGUACUGCGAUUCAUUCUUCAUGAGCAGGCUGCUCUCAUUGGCACAAUUAUCUGGUUCGAGCUGGAGCUCGAUUUGUCUCGUGUGUGUUACUUCUUUGGUUUUCUGGCGGAUAAAAAUUGCCGUCACACAAUAUAUACGACUACGACAUAUUCCAAGUCCCUCAAUCUUCGCUGCGGUCUCCUACAUCUGGCUUGCCCGAACCACCUACAGCGGGAAACAGUACUGGAUACACCGGGACCUGCACAGACAACAUGGCCCCUUGGUCCGCAUUGGGCCAAACGAGAUCACCACGGAUGAUCCCGAAAUUCUCAAGAAGAUCGCAUCAUCAGGCAGCACAUACAGCAGAGGCACCUGGUAUUUGACUGGAAGAUUCAAUCCUUACCACGACAACCUUUUCACCAUCCUCGAUCCUUUCGCGCAUAAAAAAGCGAAGACUCGAUCCAUGCCUGCAUAUCUCGGAAGGGACACACCAGGUCUCGAAGUCAUCAUCAAUGAUAAAGUCAAACAGCUAAUAAGUAUCCUUCAAAGGAGAUAUCUGGCUGUACUGCCGGGACAAGAUCCACCACUAGUGGACUUGGGCUUGAUCUCGAACUACUUUACUAUGGAUGUGAUUACGCAUCUGGCAUUUGGCCAUCAAGUGGGAUACCUCCAGGACGAGAAAGACCAUUACAAUUUCCUCGGUUCGGUGCGCAAGCUUUGGCCGCAAAUGUCAACAUCUGCUGAUGUCCCAUGGAUUCGCAAUAUCCUAUUUUCCAGGCCUGUCUUGAGGUUUCUGGGACCGAAACACACAGACAAGAAGGGCUUUGGAGCUCUUAUGGGAGCAGCGAAACAGCAUGUAGAUCGUCGUUUUGAUUCGGGCGAGGAGAGAAAACACGACAUGCUCGAAUCUCUUAUGAAACGAGGAUUUACCCGACAAGAAUGCGAGAUUGAAGGGUUGUUCCUGUUGCUCUCCGGGACGGAAAGUACAGCUUGCGCAAUACGCCAGAUACUAGUGCAUGUUAUAACAGCCCCAUCGGUGUAUGCAAAGCUCAAGCAAGAGAUUGAUUCAACUUGUCAGGGAAGAGGUAUUUCGUAUCCUAUUCAAUUAGCGGAAGCAAAACGGCUUCCUUACCUUCAGGCUGUAAUUUAUGAGGGAAUCCGCAUGCGUCCACCAUUGCUCGGACUGUUCCCAAAGGUUGUCCCUGAACCCGGCGAAACCUUCCAUGGACAGUUCAUACCAGCAGGGACAUCCAUAUGCACCAACGGCUCAUCCUUGCUACGCUCAAAAUCCUUAUUUGGUGCCGAUGCUGAUCUGUACAAUCCAGGAAGGUUCAUGGAAUUGAGCAAAGAAAGACGCGAAGAGAUGGAACGGAAUGUGGAGCUUGCCUUUGGUCAUGGACAAUGGAUGUGCGCCGGCAAGACUAUCGCUUUCAUGGAACUGAACAAGGUCGUUUUUGAGAAGCACUGCCAGUUUUUCCGCGCGUUCGAUAUGCAAUUGCACAGCCCUCUGAAGCCCUGUGAGGUGGAGAGUUAUGCCGGCCUCAUUGCUAAGCCUCCAGCAAAAUCCUCUGAUCUCUCAAUGAUAUCACGUGUAACAGAUAUGAGUAGAGGUAUUAAUCCAUGCUAUCGAUACCCGCCUCAAUACCGUACCCACCUCAAGACCCAUAUGCUCAAUGUGCCCAGCGGAAGCAACUUCAUCCGUAUGCCAAUAGUUUUACCUUCAACAUAA